ACCCAAAAUUAAUUGAAGUUCUGAAUAACUUAUACAGAGAAAAUAUUGCUACUAAUCUUAUGCUUAAUCGUGUGAUGGUAGAAGUUGAAGGAAUUGAAGCGAAUCUCAAAAAUAAAAACCUGAAUACUGAUUCUACUAUAUAUCUGGAUACUGAGUUUUUAACACUAUUCCCAAUUAAUAGUACAAAUGGCUUCAAUCUGAUAGAGAAUCAAAUCCAGAACUCAUCAGAUUUUGUUUCAAAAUUGGAAUCAUUUUUAAAGUCAGUUGGAGGUACUAAUCCCAAAAAUCAUUUGAAUAGAGUUUUGGCUAAAGUUUUCACCAAUGAAUUUGGAAUCAAGUGUUCUUGGACAGGUCGUGGGCAGAAAAUUGAAAUAAAAAUUGGAGACUCUCAUUUAAUUAUAAUCAUUAAAAAAGUCAUCAAAGAUGUUUCAACAAGCUUGUUUACAGAAUCUGACUUUGACAAGACAGUAUCAGAUUGGUUAAGACAUGCCAAUACUCGACAUAGUAGAGCUCUAAACAUUUGAUUAU